GAGUACAUUUCACAAUAAUAAAGGUAAGAAACGCAGUUAGUUUGGCAAAUUAUCACGAAACCACAGAUUGCCAUAGCUACUAUAGAGUAUUUUAGCAUAGUAAUUAGUUCCAUUAUAGUACUAUAUUCAGCAAUAUUAUUAUCUAUUAAUAGAACAUGGCGAAAUAAGCUCCGAAAUAAGCUUGUGAAAACAGUUGUACAGCUCUAUUGUGAAGUAAAGCUAGACAGAGGGUAGAAUAACCCGGAUGUAAAUCUUGUCUAAGCGAAGUUGCAUGUAAAUAAAUGGAUUUUGUAGUGUUAAGGUUACUUUCGGUAAAGUCGGGAAUUAUUCAUGGAGCAUUUUGAGCAGGAUUUAGUCGAGGCUCUCAGGGAUGUUGUGAAAGCCGGGAGCUGGCAGUGUGUGGGAGAAGCAGCCAAGUUCAAAUCAGCAUGCACCAAGUUGUACUCUGAGGAUGGAGAGCAUAUCGUUGUUGUGCGAACAGAAGAUGGACGGUUUUGGGCGAUGGAUUCAUCCUGCCCACAUGAAGGGGGUCCACUUGACCAAGGAGACAUCGAGGACCUUGGAGACGGCAAACUGGCACUAAUAUGCCCAUGGCACGAUUUUGAUUUUAGCCUGGAGACAGGUUCAUCCUCCACAGGACUGCAGAAUCAAGUCUACGAGGUGAGAGUAGUGGAUGGAAAACUGUAUAUAAAUACUCAAAGUAGCUUGUCUCUUUACCCAGUCCCUGUGACAAAAAAGGCAAUCCAAGAUGCCUUGUUACCCAUGGACACAAAGUUCGAAUCAUCAGAAAACACACUCUGCUCCUGGGCCACGAAAAUCCUCUGUACUCCAGACCCACUUGAAAAGGUGGCUUUGACUAAGCAGGUGCAGAGCUGGUGGGACACUGGGGAAAUAACAGAGAUUGGUGAGUGUGCACCACCGGCUCAGCCUAGCAGAAUAGAUAGUCUGACUGUGGUGGAGCCAGGCAAAAUCAAACGUGGCAAAGGAGGCACACAGGCAAGCAGAAUUGCUUUGCUUCAUUCUCUGGCUAAUAUAGAGCAGUGGGCUAUUGACCUCUCAUGGGACAUCAUUGCUCGAUUCUCUACAGUCAAGCUGAGCUCAGGAGACUCACUACCACAAGAGUUCUUCAGUGACUUUGUCAAAGUAGCCAGUGAUGAAGCCAAGCAUUAUGAAUUAUUAGAGCAAAGGAUCAAGGAGCUUGGCUCCUCUUUUGGUGCCCUUCCAGUACAUAAUGGUUUGUGGCAAUCAGCAGCAGAAACAUCACAUGAUCUUCUGUCUAGGCUGGCUAUAGUACACAUGGUCCAUGAGGCUAGGGGCUUAGACGUGCACCCUCAGACACUGUCCCGCUUUGCGGCACAGGAAGACACAAGCUCAGUAAAGAUCCUGGAGGUGAUUUAUGCUGAUGAGAUAACACAUGUGGCUGCAGGACUCCGAUGGUUCACUUACAUUUGCUCCAAGGAGGAACGGGAUUGUCUGGCAACAUUCCACGACUUGGUUAAAUUGCAUUUCAAAGGGUAUCUGAAGCCUCCAUUCAACAUAGAGGGAAGGAAGACAGCAGGAAUGACAGAGGAGUGGUAUGUUCCACUUGUUAAACCGUCCAGCUGACUGACGAUCUCCUGCAACAUUUCAGCUGUGAAGAUAAGCUGCUGCUCUUGCACCAGUAUAUACCCUCAGUCUGCCAGUAUCGAUAUCUCCAUUACUGUAAACACAUGGUUUACCUGAUUUUAGUUUCUAUUUGCUGUUGUGAAAUGGUUAUUUAUACAGAAAAAAGUAUUGCUUCAAUGUACAAUUAGUUUUAUUAUCUGAAAUCUUAAUGCAGUGCCAAUUAGUAAUAGUAUAAUCAUUAUCAUUAUUAAUAGUAUAAUCAGUCAUAGUAUAAUCAUUUCUUGCAAGGAAAUCUAAUGCAUUUCUUGGUACAAACAAUAAAUUACAUUAUGGGGUCCAAAAGUCUGCGACCACUAGUGAAAAUGCUUCGAUUUUGAUUAUUUUCUUUUUACGUUGCAAAUAAAAUUAUUAGCAACAGCUUUGAUUGAAGAGUUGAAUCUUAGAAAUAUCCACAUAAGUUUCAUAAUUUCUUUGUGUUUGGUAUGUCCCUGUUUGCUUUAAUGUCUAAAACCUGACGAUCCAUGCUAGAUCAGAACCAUCGGAGUGUUGUAUUAACACGUGCUUUAAUGGACGGAAUAAGAUUGAGUAAAUCAGACAUUUGGUUCAAAUGAGUUAACAUGGUAAAAAUCACAAAUGUGCAUAAUGUUACCGUGCAGAAUCUUGAAAUCCUGAAUAUUCGAGACGUUGAACAUUUUCCUUUCUUUGCUUUCUUUUUUUUUCUUCAAAAUUCUAAAACAUAUUGUUUAUUUCCAGUUUAAACACAUACACAAUGGUGUCCAAAAGUCUGAGAUCAUAUUGAAAAUCUGGGAUAUUUAAAAAUGAUCUCAGACUUUUGGACGCCACUGCAUAUGUGUAUAUGUAUAUAUAGGUUUUGCAUUUGUUAUAUGCAAGGCACCAUAUUUAAUAUUAUCCAAUAAAUACUAUACACUCUGUUUCAUGCAUGUCCUUUAGUGAAAUACAUUUGGUCGAUUUUAAAUUUACAGGCCAUUACAAGCAAAGUUUAUGAAUAUGAUUUAUUGUAUUGACAGGGGGUGCUGGUGAGUCGAACAUGCAUGAGCAACGGUGCUGUACUAUGAAGGAACAUGCAUAGUUUUCAGUUUGACGGCUGACUUCUAUAGAUGAAUUAAAUAUAUUUUAAAUAUCAGAUUUUUUUUUGUCUAUAUGCUAAUGAUCAAGAUUAGAAACUGUAAAGCUCAGUGUUCUUAUAAAGAUAUUAUAAGCACAAAGCCAGUACACAGUGCUACACUGAAUGACCAUUAAGCUAUCCCUUAGUAAAUUUAAAUAAAUUGUUACAACCUGCUAUCUUUGGGAUGGGAAGAUUUUUUUUGUGUGUGUGCUGUGCCAUAUUUUGUGUGCAGGUCCGAACUCCUUCCCAGAGUUUCCAGCCUGCCCUAGCCUGCCUUGCUCCUGCCUCCCAGGAUGACAUCACUGAUUGAUGAACAUAUUUAAAGAGGAAGAGGAGUGAGAAUGGUGUGAGUUGUUAGGAGAGUGUUUGGUUUGUGUUGCUUGUCCUUGUGGCUAUUAAAUUCUGUAUUCUGGCUGCUGUUCUGGUUUUGACUCUUGACUGGUUUUUGACAUUGAGUUUGGUUGACCCUGCAUCUGUUUAUGUGUAUACUCUUCACCACUGUAUAUAUUUUGCACUUGGUUCACCGGCAGUAGGGGUGUGGCUGCCAUUUCUUUUGGGUGAAGGUCCUUUUGUCUCUGUUUUUGGCUUAGGUAGUUAGGGAAGUAUUUGUAUUUUCUUUAUUUUCCUUUUAGGUAAGCUAGCUACCUAACAAAAUAAUCAUUUUGUUUAUUCUUUUGGCCUUCGCCCACCCUGAAGUUAUGUCUGGUGUUUGG